ACUCGAAAUCCACUCUUGUCCAUGACAAACUUUGCAUUAGGUUAUCCGUUAUCGUCUUCCGUCACAAAAAGUAACGGGAGGGAGGUUUAAGUAACCUUCCCUCCAAAAGCCGUGUUUCGGUUGACGGUUGUCAAACCGGGAGAAGCAAAGCCCUAACCUAGUAACCUUCCCUCCAGAAGCGAGAGGGAUAAUGGAAGUGUAGGAGUCUUGUGUAGGCUGCCUGACGGUCAGAUUUCUGCAAGGGGACGGACUCUCCUUCUUUAUCGUCCUUGUUUAGGGUUUGUUGUUUCUGUUUUAUUUUAGGUUCUGUUUCUGGUUAUUCCGGAACACUGAACCCAAGCUUGGGAUUUCGUAAGGAUUCGACAUGGGAGUUCCCGCCUUCUAUAGGUGGUUAGCUGAGAAGUAUCCGUUGGUGGUGGUGGACGUUGUCGAAGAAGAACCGGUCGUGAUCGAUGGCAUUUCUAUUCCGGUUGACACCAGUAAACCUAACCCUAACAACAUCGAAUACGACAAUCUCUAUCUUGAUAUGAAUGGAAUUAUUCAUCCCUGCUUUCAUCCCGAAGACCGGUCUUCUCCUACAACAUUUGAUGAGGUAUUCCAAUGUGUGUUUGAUUAUGUUGAUCGACUAUUUGUGAUGGUGCGGCCUAGGAAGCUUCUUUACAUGGCUAUUGAUGGUGUUGCUCCGAGGGCUAAAAUGAACCAGCAACGUUCCAGGCGUUUCAGAGCUGCCAAAGAUGCAGCAGAAGUGGCAGCUGAAGAAGAGCGGCUGCGGCAGGAGUUUGAGAAGGAAGGCAGGACGCUUCCUCUAAAACAGGAGUCACAAAUCUUUGAUUCAAAUGUUAUCACUCCUGGAACUGAGUUCAUGGCUGUUUUAUCAAUUGCACUGCAGUACUAUAUUCAUCUUAGACUUAACAAUGAUCCUGGAUGGAGAUCAAUUAAGGUUAUUCUUUCUGAUGCAAAUGUUCCUGGUGAAGGGGAACACAAAAUUAUGUCUUUCAUUCGUCUUCAAAGAAAUCUUCCUGGAUAUGAUCCAAAUACAUGCCAUUGUUUGUAUGGUUUGGAUGCAGAUUUGAUCAUGUUGGCAUUGGCUACUCAUGAAGUGCAUUUCUCAAUCCUGAGAGAGAUUGUUUUUACUCCUGGUCAACAAGACAAAUGCUUCCUAUGCGGUCAAAUAGGGCAUUUGGCUGCAGAUUGUGAAGGAAAAGCAAAAAGAAAUUCAGGGGAAUUUGAUGAGAAAGGUGAAGGUGUUCCUGCCUCAAAAAAACCUUAUCAGUUUCUCAACAUCUGGAUUCUCAGAGAGUAUUUGGAGUAUGAAAUGAGGAUUCCUAACGCUCCAUUUGAGAUUGAUUUUGAAUGCAUUGUGGAUGACUCUAUAUUCAUGUGUUUCUUUGUUGGGAAUGAUUUCCUGCCACAUAUGCCCACAUUGGAGAUUCGAGAGGGUGCUAUCAACUUGCUGAUUGCUGUAUACAAAAAGGAGUUCAGGACAAUGGGUGGGUAUUUGACUGAUUCAAGCAAGCCAAACCUGAGCAGGGUUGAGCAUUUCAUUCAGGCAGUUGGAUCCUUUGAGGAUAAAAUAUUCCAGAAAAGAGCUCGACUACAUCAGCGCCAGGCAGAACGAAUAAAGUGUGAAAAAAUGCAAAUGAAAAGAGGAGAUGAUGCAGAACCUCAAGUCAAACCUGAUUCUUUGGUUCCAGUUGCUCACUUUCAUGGCUCUCGUCUUGCUUCUGCUCCAUCACCAUCACCAUUUCAACAAUCAGGAUUUAGUUACAAUUCAGAAAGUUCAGUAUCUAUUAGAAAACAAAAUCAGCUUGGUCAAGCUACCGUGGGUCUGUCAGUCCUUGACAUUAGAAGAAGGCAAAAAGUUCCACGAUUGUCUUCAGGAUCCACCAUUGGUGCUGCCAUUGUUGAAGCUGAAAACAGUCUUGAGAUAGAAAUACAUGAAAACAAAGAGGCAUUGAAGAUGAAGCUAAAGGAGUUACUCCGUGAGAAGUCGGACCUCUUUAACAAAGAAAAUCCAGAGGACAAGGUAAAAUUGGGCGAGCCAGGGUGGAAAGAACGGUAUUAUGAAGAAAAGUUUUCUGCAAAAUCUUCCGAUGAACUUGAAAGAACACGAAAAGAUGUUGUUCUAAGAUAUACGGAGGGCCUAUGCUGGGUUAUGCACUAUUAUUAUGAAGGUGUUUACUCUUGGCAGUGGUUUUAUCCGUAUCAUUAUGCACCUUUUGCUUCUGAUCUCAGGGAUCUCGAUCAAUUGCAGAUAAGCUUUACACUAGGUGCCCCUUUUAAGCCAUUCAAUCAACUGAUGGGGGUUUUUCCAGCUGCAAGUUCCCAUGCACUUCCUGAGCAUUAUAGAAAAUUGAUGACUGACCUAAACUCACCUAUUAUUGACUUUUAUCCAACUGAUUUUGAAGUGGACAUGAAUGGAAAGCGAUAUUCUUGGCAGGGUAUUGCCAAAUUACCUUUUAUUGAUGAAGACCGCCUUCUUGCUGAGAUUGAAAAAUAUGAAUAUACUUUGACGGAAGAAGAAGUGCGGAGAAACAGUGUGAUGUGUGACAUGCUUUUUGUGACUUCAUCACAUCCUCUCUCUCCAUAUAUAUUUUCCCUUAGUGAUCGCUGUAGACAAUUGCCAGACAAAGAACAAAUAGAAGUUAAAGAAAAAGUUUAUCCCAAAUCCAGGACUACAUGCAGUGGUGGGAUGAAUGGGUACAUAUCGCUUUGUAAUGGAGAUCCUUGUCCUCCUGUUUUCCGAUGUCCUGUUACUGGAAUGGAAGAUAUUAUGAAUAAUCAAGUCAUAUGUGCUAUAUAUAGACUUCCAAAUGCACAUAAACAUAUUACUAAGCCGCCAGCUGGGGUUAUAUUCCCAAUGAAGACUGUUACAGUAGGGGAUCUCAAGCCAGCUCCUGUGUUAUGGCAUGAAGAUAAUGGAAAGAAGCCGUGGGAAAAUGGAAGGCAAAAUCCUCGUGGAGCCAUUUCUGGUCGACAGCUUGGGGAGGUCGCACAUCGACUUAUUGUUAACAGCUUACAGACGAGGAUGGAACAUAAUGGGGUUGAUCAUAUUUCCAACCCACCGCAAUCUUGUGCUACAGGGAAUACUAAACAAAAUGGCAGACAUCAUUAUCAGGAACGUCAUAAAAUGGCACAUGGGGCAAGACCGUUCUGAUGGGUUUUCUUAUCCCACUGCUGCUCAAAAUCCAACAGAUAAUGGCACAUGGGGCAAGACCAUUCUGAUGGGUUUUCUUAUCCCACUGCUGCUCAAAAUCCAACAGAUAAUGGAAACAGACUGCAUUAUGCUUCCGCUUCACAACACCCAUAUGAAAGAUCGGCUAAUCCACAGUUCGGAGGUGGUUGGAGUCCAGACGAUGACUACUCACCUGGUCAACUACGUGGUGGGAGGUCACAGCAUGCUCCUAGAACCGCGGUAGUGGUGCCCACUGGUGGACCUAAUGUUCAUCCCGGGGCUGGAUACUUGGGUCACCAAACAUCUUCGACUGCAACUCUUCAUCAAUGGAGAGGUGGUCAGGGCCCUGCACCAAAUCAAAGGAGUGCUGGAGGACGAGGACAUCCUCGAAGUUCGGCAAUCGAUAUUCAGCAUUAGAUUAGAUAGAGAGAAAAGCGGACCCUCUCCCACUGACUACAACCGUCUUUAACGUCGUUUGAAAUUUUGCAGUUGAUUGCGGGAUUGUUGUAAAAUAGCAGCGCUCUAUGUUUUAUGUUUUAUGUUUUCUCAAGGAUUUUUUUUGCAGGUAUAUUGUAUUUUUCCUAAUUUAUUUCUGUUGUAUUCCAUGCCAAAAGAAUGCUGAAAUAAAUUCCCCAAAGCGUUACAACCAUCCGAAUAGAUUGAACGCGACCAGUCUCUGGGCUAGUCAUUUGAAUGUAUGCCACUCAACAUGUUUAUUCA